CUUUACAUGUAAAUAGAAGAUGCGAGAAGUGACAAUCACUAUUGUCUGAAUUAUAUUUACACCUGCGUUCUGGAACUUUCAUUUCUGUGACUGGAUUUUAAACGCAUAACAAAGAAGGAUGAACAACACUAUCAUAGCUUUUGGCUUGGAACAAGCACUCAACACCAGCACUAUACAUGACUAUUCCAUAGACAAUUUCCAUAAUAUAACAAUUGAAGUGAAGAACAAUACUCUCGGGAUAGUUAUACUAUGUACCUGUAUUGUUAUUGCAUUCCUUAGUGUGUUUUUAUACUGUUACUUCCGAAAAGGUCCAUCAGAGAGUUUUGACGUCAGUUGUUCCUUUGAAUCUGACAGAGCAAAUGGGGCAACAUUGUCAAUGACGACAUCGGGUCCUGGAAGAGUGAUGGUCAAUUAUCAGAAAAAUCAUCCCAAUCAUGUGAACGACCCUGAAAGCUGUGUUGAAACUGAGCAUUUGUAGAUGUGUUUUUUUUUCUUUUAAAUUAGUAAUGCAAAUAAAUAUAUGUAUAUAAGACAAUGUAAGAAGUCAGCAUGUCUGUGUUGACAUGAACUAUCAUUGAUAUGGUCAUAAUUAUAAAUUAGAACAUUGAAUAUUUCGAAAUACUAAGGAUUUUCUACCUCAGGAAUUAUAAAUCACAUUUUGUUCAACUGUUUUGAUUCAAUUGUAGGUCUUUUGGAAACAAAUAGCGCGUCUGCCGAACACAAAUUGUAUCCUAAUAUUUAUGAUGAGAACAUAUGCUUGGAUAAGAGAAAAU